AUGAAGGCUUUAUGUGGCUGGCGCUCACUGUCUGCAGAAUACCCCGCCCACCCACUCCACACGCCCCAGCCUCCCGCCCGCACCCACCUCCACAAGCUCCCCGCCCCCACCUCCACACAGUCCCCCGCCACCCCACCUCCAACAGCCCCGCCACCCUUCUCCACUCCACCAAAGCCCCCCGCCACCCCACCACCCACCAACGCCCCUCCCCACGCACCCCACCUCCACACCCAGUCCCCGCCACCCACCUCCACACCAGGUCCCCCGCCACCUCAGCACCUCCACACAGCCCCCCCACCCACCUCACCAAGCCCCACCCCCACCUCCACACAGUCCCCGCCACCACUCCACACAGUCCCCGCACCCCACUCACACAGCCCCGCCACCCUCCAACACAGCCCCCGCCACCCCUCACACAGCCCACCGCCACCCACUCCACACAGCCCCCGCCACAACCCAUCCCCACACAGUCCCCGCCACCCCAACUCCACAUCAGUCCCGCACCCACUCCCACAGUCCCCCGCCACCCCACUCCAACAGUCCCCGCCACCCACCUCCACACAGCCCCCGCCACCCCACCUCCACCACAGCCCCCGCCACCCACCCUCCACACACGCCCUCCGCACACCACACACCCCGCCACUCACCUCCACACAGCCCCCGCCACCCCACCUCCACACAGCCCCCGCCACCCCACUCCACACAGUCCCCCGCACCCCACCUCCACACAGUCCCCCGCCACCCCCACUCCACACAGUCCCGCCCCCGCCCACGUCCCGACCACCUCCACACACCCCCGCCACACCUCACACAGCCCCGCCACCCACCUCCACACAGUCCCCGCCACCGCCUCACACAGCCCCCGCCACCCACCUCCACACAGUCCCGCCACCCCACCUCCACACAGCCCCCCAACCACUCCACCAGUCCCCUGCCACCCCACCUCCAACAGCCCCCUGCCACCCCACCUCGACCUCCAAUUACCCCCCUCCACACAGACCCCCACCCACUCGACCUCCAGACAGCCCUCCUCCACCGCACCUCCAGACAGCCUGUCUCCACUCCACUCCAGACAGCCCACCAGUCCAGACGCCCCUCUCCACCCCAUCAGACAGCACCCCCACUCACUCCAGACAGCCCCCACCCCACUCCAGACAAGCCCCCCCACCCACCUCCAGACAGCCCCUCUCCACCCACCUCCAGACAGCCCCCACCCCACCUCCAGACAGCCCUUCCACCCCACUCUCCAGACAGCCCUCUCCACCCACUCCAGACGCCCUCUCCACCCCACCUCCAGACAGCCCCCACCCCACUCAGACAGCCCCCCACCCAGAAGCCCCACCACCCUCCAGACAGCCCCUCCACACCUCCAGACAGCCCCGCCCACCCACCUCCAGACAGCUCUCCACCCCACUCCGACAGCCCCCACCCACCUCCAGACAGCCCCCCCCAACCCCACUCCCAGACAGCCCUCCCACCGCACUCCAGACAGCGUCCUCACCUCCAGACAGCCCCCACCGGGUCACUCCAUUGACAGUGCCCCGCCACCGGCCACCUCCAACUAGCCCGUGCCCACUGCACCUCCAGACAGCACCGCCCACCGCCUUGCCAGACAGGCCGUCUUCCGACCUGGCAUUUUCCUCGAGACAGCGCCCUCGUCUCACACACCGCACCUCAACAGUGGCUCUCACGGUCCAAGCCUCCAGGACAGCCUCUCCACCCGCGCCCACUGUUGGAUCCAGACAGCCCCACUCCACCUCCAGACAUUGCCCACCCCCACCGGCGUCACCUCGAGCAGCCCCCACGUCCACCUCGGCAGACAGCCCUCUCUUUGCUCACCCACCUCCAGACAGCCCCUUCGUCCACGGCUCCACCGGUCCCGACAGACCCCCCACCGCUUCACCUGCAGGACAGCCCCCGACCGGCCAUCGCUCCAGACAGCCGCCCACUCGUGGGCGCGACCUUGGCCGUGGCCAGACAGCAAUACUGCGGGCUCCGGACGCGCAGCCUGGGCCAGACAGCCACGUCUGCUGCAACCGCACCCCAGACAGGCCUCAUCUGCGCAUCCUGUGUGGCUGGUGCGGAUGGGCGGUGGGGGGGGAGUCAGGACCGCGGAUGUGGCCUUCCGUGACAGCGUGCUCUCUGGCGACUUGGUGCCACCUCCAGACAGCACCGCCACACCCAGACAGCCCCCCCACCCCACCUCCAGACAGCCCCCCCACCUCCACACUGUAUCAGUCUGAGGGAAGGGAGAAAGGAGCCAAUAAAGACAACUUCAUUUAUUACCAAGCAUCUGACUCCCAUUUUAAGACAGUAACGUUCUGUAACGGUGUCUCACCGUAA